CUCAAAUUCGUCGCGUCGUAGUGACUGGAAAUAGCAAUAUUGGAGAAGGAAUCUUGCGCUGGGUUGAUAUUGUGGCCUGCCGGGGUGAGAUCGAGGGGCAAGGGCUGCCGAGGCGGUGAUUGCAGCUAAGGGGAACGAUGGAGUUGCCAAAGGAUAAGGCAACCACCUCGACGGACGCGAUGCUGCCAUCCUACGCGCGACGCACGGGGCGUAUCGGCAGCCUGCAGGAAUUCCAGCAACGCGCCGUUCGCUACAGUCUCCAACCCGCCAACGGUCAAGAAAAUAACUUUGCCGCCUUACUGAAGGACGAGCUCGAUACCGACAUCUCGGACACCUACGUAGGCGUCACCCCCGAUCGCCGAGAUAGUGACGGAUCCGACUUCGUCGAGACCUUCCGAAAAUAUGGCGGCAGGAAAUCCGUCUCGGGUGUAUCACUCUUUGGAGGUGAGAGGGGUCGAGCUCUCGAUAAGCACAGAUACUACCGUCGCCAACUCAAAGCAGUGUGCUUCUUGAUCCUCUUGGGUGUCAUCGGAGGACCCUUGAAUUACGGUAUUCGAGUGCUGUUUAAUUACCUCAUUGAAUUGAGAGAAUAUGUCGUAGAUCAGGCCCCAAACUACGCAUCAAAACUCGCAGCUUGGACAGCUCAUACUGUCGUCUUUUCAGGUCUGGGGAUCUUCUUCACGCAACUCGCACCGGUUGCUGCAGGCUCUGGCGUCUCCCAAAUGAAAUCGAUUCUAACAGGCAUCGAUCCGCGGAUGUAUCUGCCUGGGUAUUUCGACUUCUCGACGUUUCUCGCUAAAGUUGCUGGUUUGGUGUGUUCUGUUGGUGGAGGGUUAAUUGUAGGCACCGAAGGAGCCUACGUCCACAUCAUGUCUAUCGUCACGCACCAUUUACUGAAGACACCGGUGUUUAAAGGCUUUAGUGUCCAUCUCAAUGGCCGACUCCAAUUACUGGCAGCGGCCUGUGCCGUGGGCGUGUCGUCGCUGUUUUCGUCCCCAAUCGGUGGCGUCCUCUUCAGUAUGGAAGUCACUUCCACGUACUACCUCAUGUCCAACUACAUUAAGGCGUUCAUCAGCGCCGUGGCUGGAGCAGUGAUGCUACGGUUAACUCUGGUAUUGGCAAAAAGCGAAUCCAACCUCGCGACGCAGGCAGUCUUGAAGACGCAGUUUCCUGCCAGUCCGUUCACUAUCUGGGAAAUCCCCUUGUAUAUCUUCCUGGGGACUGUACUGGGUUUAUUGUGCACAGCCAUGAUGUGGUUCUUGCGCAAAAUUGCUGAACACAGAAGCUCCUUUCGAAAAUCAUCCCAGAAGUGGAAAAAAGUUUUGGUUACGUGGAUUGAUCCGCUUAUUGUGUCGAUCUUAACCGCGGUGUUAACGUUCGUACCAGGUGAAUACGCUCGACAUAACUCGAUGGACGACCUUGCUAUUUUAUUUACCGAAGGCGAACUCCCUUCGUCGUGGCAUGUGACGUCCAAGUACUACGCACUCUCCAUUUUAUCUGCUGUGUUCAUGUUCCUACUCCCGCUAUGCAUCACUCUGCGGAUUCCUACUGGAAUUUGGGUACCAACGUUCAUCGCGGGUGCCGCAUUCGGUCGCAUGUUUGGAGAGGUCGUCGCUACAGUUUUUCCUAGCCUCAGUGUGAUUCCUGGAACGUACGCAUUGGCUGGUGCUGCUGCGUUUGGCACUGCAGCCACUCGCGCAGUCUCCGUCGCGGUCAUUACACUGGAAAUCACGGCGGCAAUGUCCAUGAUCCUCCCGUUAUUCUGCUCUUCGCUUGCUGCGAUGGCAGUCUCCAACCUGUUCAAGGAGAAAUCCGUCUACGACACGUUACUGAUCGUGAACGAAAUGCCAUUCCUGCCUCUUGUAGACUUUGAACCAACUGAAACAGCAGGUGACGUCGUGGAGCCAUGCUUGGUAUACAUCACCAAGCGAACGUCAAUUGCUCGUAUCCUGCUCGCACUCCAACGACUGCCGCAUCAUGAAAUACCAGUUGUUGAUGAUGAAGCGUCGAUGGUCUUACUGGGAGUGGUGAGUGGCUCCCAGUUACGAAGGUUCGUUAGGAAAUACUACGAGUUGAACGGCAUCGCAGAGGUUGAUGUGGAUCUUGGCGAAAAGCCCCAGAAGGAAACGCCGUCGCUAUGGUGGGCCACACUGAAGGACAAGCUUACGAACACUCGAACAGACAACACGGGUGGCUUCAACGGCAUGGGAUCAAUCGAUAUCACAUACAACGCAUUGUCAACCCAGAAACAUCAUUUGAUCGGGCCUGGAGGUGGCGCAGUUCCGUUCCUACUGGACGACUCGAAGAUGUUGGGGCUGUUAAACGAAGGCUGGGACAGUGCCAAGGCCGAGAAGCUCAACGCAACAGUGAAGAUCACGGAGGGGCGGAUCUGUAUCAUCCGUCCUAUGGCCAUGACCAUCUCGAGUAACACGCCUCUGGACGAUCUCCACAUGAUCUUCACGAUGCUCCGCUGUGAUCACUGCUUUGUAUGCGACCACGGAGCUCUAGAAGGAGUUGUCACCACUAAAGGACUACUGCGCUCCGGCAAAUUCGCCGGUGUUGCGUAACUAGAAACAAUAGAUAAUCCUAGUGUAGUUUGAUUCGAAUCUUC